AUGGACAUUUCGUCAGCAUUUCUACAAAUAAAAAAACCAGAAUAUUUUUCAUCAACAAAUCAUUUGGAAUGUUUUGAAGAUCUUAUUAAUAACUUUAAUAUGUCAAAAGGAAUAAAAUCCAGACUAAAGCAGUUUGACAAUGAGUUUAUGAUCAUAUUAGAACGUAUAGUUAAUGGAGUUAAAACUAAUAUGGACGAAAAUUUGAAUCCAGUUAAAGUUAAAGAGUGCCAUUCCUACUUGAUCAGAGAACUUCCAUUCCUUCUACAGCAAAUUACGAAGAAGAAAAUUGAAAAAAUAUCCAAAAAACACAGUAUAACUAUUGAGGAAAAAACAUCUAUAGCACUAAAUAGAUGGAAGUGGAAUGAGAAAAAAAAUUUUAAAUUUAUUGAAUGCUUUGAAUCUAUUAAAAACACGACCAAAAUGGCUGUGUCAGCAAUCUGCAAAAUAAUGAAAGUUGAGGACUUGAAUGAAGUAACUCCAUUAAUGCUAUGCGAAAUUGUGGAUACUGCUUAUUACGUCAACAUUAUUAACGAUACUGAUUGUUCGUUAAAUGAAACUUGCUUCCAUGUUACUGCAGCGCAUCGAAAUGUUUUAUCAUUUAAUUUAUCUGGAAAUGAAGUGCAAGUGUUGCAAAAUAAGCAAGCGAAUAUUUUUGUAAUAAAUUGUGAGCGCAUUGAGAGUGUAUAUAAUGAGAAAUUCCUUGCUAUCGAAAGCAAAUGUGACGAAAAUUAUACAGUGAUGAUGAAAUUUAUGUCCGAAAAGGCAGUAGAAAAGUUUUUGAGGAAAAAAUGCUUGGAUCAGGAAUACAAAGUUUAUACAAUUGACACAACAAUAGGAGGAAUGAUUUCGCAAUAUAACAUUCGAGUUAAUUUACAGAUGUACAAGGAUGAGAAACUUAAGGAAUGCCUAAUGUCAUUAGCAUGUAUAAUUCAAUUUUAUUUAGCCAGCAAAGAUUUGGAUUUAAUACAUGAAUUAUUUGCUAUUUUAACGAAUAAAUACAGUGAAGAGUCAUCUUGGGAUCGCGUAUUAAGGGAUGUUCAAUGUAAAACAUUUACAUAUGGAGCAGCAAAAAUAAACAUACGUUGUGAUUUUAAUGCAGAUAACUUGAUGAAUGGAAUAUUAAUAAGCAGAAACAAAAAUAAAGUGUACGCAUAUAUGAGAACAGAAUGUAAUGAACAGCUUAAAUUUUUGGCAACAAAUAAUAACGAUACUUGGUCUCUGAAGACUUAUCAGCGACAAACAUUGAACGAUAUUCUGGUGUUAAAUGGCUACUCAAUUGAUGAAAUGUUUGUAUACAACAUAACGUGCUUACAUGAGGAUUUAUUAAUUGCUGGUAUAAGUGGAUUUAAAAUUUACGAGGCAGCAGAACGAGAACAAAAUAUAAAAAAAGCACCAAAACGUAAAAGAUGUCAAGUUUUUGAUGACAAUGAUAAUGAGGUGAUGAAAAUUGAAUUCACGGCUGCUAUGACAUCAGAAGAAAUCGAUAAAGAAUACUCGCAAGCAGCAGAUUUCAUAAAAAAGCACGUGCACAUUUACGGUAGUGGCUAUGAGGUAUUGAAUUAUACAGCACAUAUCCAUAAUCGAAAUAUGCAGUACUGGACAAAUUCUUUAUAUGGCCCAUUUAAGUUAGUAUCUUCAUGCAGCAAUACAGGACAUCCUGUCUUUGAAACCCAAUUCGGGAAAAUUGCUAUUAACAUUUGCUAUGGUCGUCAUCAUCCUCAAAAUUGGAUGAUGUUUGGACUUAAUGGAGCUGAAAUUGUUUUCAAUCCAAGUGCUGAAAUUGGGGGAAGUCUAAGUGACAGAAUGUGGUUCAUUGAGGGUCGUAAUGCAGCCGUAGCCAAUUCUUUCUUCACUGUUACUAUAAACCGUGUAGGAACUGAAAUUUUUCCAAAUGAAUUUACAUCAGCUGACGGCACAAAAGCACAUAAAGAUAUGGGGCCAUUUUAUGGAUCGACUUAUCUAGCUACGCCUGAAGGAUGUCGUUCACCAGGAAUGUCUCGUGAUGAUGAUGGAAUUUUAAUCUGUGAAGUUGAUUUAAAUCAAUGCCGUCAAUCUAGAGAUCUUCAUACAUUUAGAAUGUGCCAGAGAUUACCAAUUUAUGCAGAAGGACUUGCCAAAGCCAGUAAAUUGGACUUUAAGCCACAAAUAAUUCGUGAAAAUUAA